CCGUCGUCGUGGUUGCGCGGUUUUUUUGUUGCUGCUCAGUGAGAGAGAGGACGAUCUCCGCAGUGGACACCUUGCCACCUUGAUUCGAAUCUUGUGAGCAACGCGAAAACAAAACAAAGUGUUAGGAUAUAUCUUCUUUUAUCCUCUUUUCGGUGGCUGUUUGGAACGUACAUUUUGGGGGUUCGUUGCCUGCCAGCUUCUAGGUUCAGUUGCAAAAAGUCAGGAGAAAACCCAAUUGUGGAAAGCUCUUGGUGCGAGGGAGUGACACCAUGGCGAGUGAGAAGCGUAAUGCGUUUCGCUUUAAUCAUGCUAAGUGUUAAUCCAUUAAAAUUGUGAAUAGCUCACUAGCAGCAUUGUGAUCAAACAGGAUUGAAUAAGACCCCAAUCGAGCGGUUUGAGGUGCUUGCGUGAAGAGUUUCCCUUCGAGAGGUUCACAGUUGCAGGCCGCAAUCCUUUCACGCUCGGCUAUUGGAAGUUGAGAUACAGCGAUUAUGCAAAGUGCGUAUGAAGAAAAUACACGGACCCGGUCGAGUGGCCAGGAUAUUCAGCCGAUUUAAGUAAGCCCGGAUGCUGACGGGAAAACUGGUGAACUAAUUUGUACUUCUAGUGGCCACAAUCAGUUGUCUAGAAAUCACGUCUAGUGUUGGUGACGAUAGGAAAAGUAAACGUGACUGGAGCGCAGUGAAAACAUUCUUCAAGGACCAAGUUGUCCAAACAGAAUUAAUUGGUGAUUAAAAAAGGUGAAAAACUAAGUCGAAAAUAGCAGUGAAACAGUGUCGUUACAUAGUUAUCACGUAGGCUGAUCAGUGUAACAAAGUAAUAGAUUUCCAUCGCUCCCCAAUGAUGGAUGCCUCGGCGAUAGAGGCGCGCGGUUGGUAUGACAACCGCCUAGCGGCGGAAAGUUCGCUCGGACCGACGGCAGCUGCAGCGGCGGCCGCUGCGGCCUCGCUCGGACAGCAGUCCGGUACCGGUGGCGUCGAUACGUCCGAUAUGAAUGCAUUUUACCGGUUCGAGAACGGCGCUGCAGCAGCGGCAGCCCACCGGCGGUACUACCCCACCGGAUACGGCAGCCAUGCUUCUCGGAUGUCCCCGCAUAUGGCCCCACAAGUAUGUCGACCGCACUUUCCGAGUCCCCUGUCUUGGUUCAAUGAAUCGACCAAACCUUUUGCUGCCAGCGGAAGCUGGAGUAGUCCCUUUACUUGCCCCCAGGAUCCGCAGGAGAGUAAACAAAACCAACUGCAAAGCAGCCAAACAUCGGCGGGUCAACAUUUGUUCUCAUUUCCACCGACACCACCGAAGGACUCCACGCCGGAUUCAGUACAGACGCCUACCGAGUACCAAACCACCCUAAACAGCUUUAUGCACCAUAGUCAGACGGCGGCAAAUGGCCUGAAUGCUAGUUCGAGCUCAAACAGCAACAAUAACAACAAUUCUAGCAUCUCGACGCAUUCGGCGGACAACUGCGGAAUCGAUGUGAAACCCUGCUUAUCCGGGAAUUCGCUUAGCGAUCGGAAUAACGCAGAGGUGGAGCAUAAUCACCCAAAGCAUCGGGAAGGUACGGGUAACAACAAUAGUAAUAACAACAAUAGUUCCGCAUCCGCUACUAACAGUCACGGCGGAAGCAGUAGUGGUAACAGUACCGCCACCUACCAAAAUUCCACCGUCAACAAUUCGUUCAACAUGUUCGAUCAGACGCACCACAGUGGGAUCGGGUACGAUCACACCGGGUACGGAUUCCACCAAACCGGACACAGCAUCGGUGGCGGUGGUAGCGGUACUGGCGGUGGCGGAGGCGGAACAGGUGGAACAUACCAGCAGAGCCCCCGACCGGGCCUCAUGAACAGCUCACACAUAAAGGCGCAGAGAGCAAAAGCGAAAUCCAGUGCCGAGGGACGAGAAUGCGUCAACUGUGGUGCCACCUCGACGCCCCUCUGGCGGCGAGAUGCAACCGGCCACUAUCUGUGCAAUGCGUGCGGACUGUACUACAAAAUGAACGGCCAAAACCGACCGCUAAUCAAACCGAAACGAAAACCAGUUACCUCCCAGCAAAGUGCAGCCCGUCGGGCAGGAACAUCAUGUGCAAACUGCAAAACCACAACCACGUCGCUGUGGAGGAGGAACCAAAGCGGAGAACCAGUCUGCAACGCCUGUGGACUGUACUACAAGUUGCAUAAUGUGGAUCGACCACUCACGAUGAAAAAAGAAGGCAUUCAAACAAGGAACCGCAAAUUGACAGCUAAAUCUAAAAAACGGAAAUCAACACCUGGCUAUAGUUUCUCCUUCGGAGAUCUUAUGAAUCCUCUGGACCAUAACAAAUCCUUCCCGGGGGCAUUCCCAACAUCGAUGGGACAACACGCUCAUCUGUCCAGUGGGCUGCAUCCCGCCCAUUCGCACAUGCACAGUGGAUGGUACACGACAAGUCUCGGAUCGCUUGGAACCUCCGGAAGCUUGCAAAAUGGCUUUAGUAGUACAGCACCUCUUGGAACCGGAGCUGUAGCACACCCGCAAUCGUACCAUCUAGGAUUGAACUCUAUGAGUUGGCGAUCGGAAUACACGUGACUAAUGGGCCAGUAAGCUAGUAAAAGUGACGCUCACCGGUAGCAAAAAACGGGUUCAAGCAGCAAAACGUGGCUAAGUUGAUAUUAGUACAAUUUUAAAUUAAACGCAAGAGUAGCGGUUGUUUUUCAACUCUCCUUCAGUUUGGAGAGAUUGCACUUUCAGACCUGAGUGAAUUUUGCCCAGCUAAUUGAUCAUGUAGCAAUUCGAGCUGAAUUAUUAUUUCCAGUUCUGGUCGAGACAUAAGAACUAUAGAUAAAUUUCUUCAUCUGCUCGUUGGAAGUAAAUUUUUGGCUUACUUCGUAAAAUCCAACAUGCCCAAAACGGCCUUCAAGUUACAUCCAAUACAUUUUUCCUGUGUCUCUUCGUUGGCAACUUAAUCAAGGCAUUUUUGAUAUCAGACUGUCGGAAAUAAGUUGUGGUUCCUGACUUCUAUCUGCUCUAACUUGCCUAUAAUGAGAAGAUAAAACAUCUAUCUGCAAGACAUAUGGCAAGGCUUAUAGAUACGUUUGUAGAACACGUGGAACCAUAAAGCGGUUCGUUAGCGUUGAGUUUGACGCCAAAAUAUCGAUCAUGCUAAAACAUCCGGCGCACGGUUCGAGCAAGAAAUGUUAUCAAAAUGACACCUUCUGCGCCGGCCUGGCCCAGAGUUAUGGAUGCUGUUGCAUUACUCUUCCCAUCUUUCUAACAUUUUUUUCGGUUAUGAUGAGCCGCGUUUCAUAACUGUUUGGUAAGCAAAAUAAAAGUAUAAUACAUUAUCAUACACCAGCCCUGCAUCCCUUGCUGGCUGCUGUCGAAAAGUGCAAAGAACUAGAUAGGUAAAUGAUGUUUCCUCUUUUAAGUCAAGCAAGAUUAUUCUAUUAUAUUUUGAUUAUUUUUGUUGUAGCUUAAUAUCGCGUUAGUUAGCACGAGAGAUGAAAAAGGCAAUUGCAAAUUUGAAAUAAAUAGUCAGAGACUGUUGCGAGAAAGGAGAAACAAUUAGGCAUAAGACCGAAAAUCAGUAUAUAGAUACUAUAAUUGUAAUAAUAUAUUUGUACAAAGUGUAUAUUUAAAUCAAUGGAUAAUAGCUAUAAUAUUCUUGUAAAUAAAACAAAAUAAUAAAACAAAACAUAGUUCAGCUCAAUCUAUGACGGGAAAAAAAACAAGAAAACACGUAUUGAAUUUUAAAAACAAAUGUCAACAACGCAAACAUUUGCUAAUGGUAAACGUUUUAUGGGAAUAUAACUUUUCUGUAUUGGAAUGUGAGCCCACUGCCAUAAACAAAAUUAUUUAAAUAAUUGUUGUGAUCUAUUGUGAUAAGGAUGAAUACAAAUAAAUAAAAAAAUAAACAAAAAUACAAAA